GUUUCUGUGUGUCGGUCAUUUGGAAUACAACCUCCAUCACUCCGGCACGGUGAGGUAUCGGUCUGAAUGGAGAAAUCUACACCGACAUUAAAGCUUCGGCAUCAGGAUCGAGUUGCAAGCUGCCAUCGAAGGAACAAUACAACGUGUGAUGGCCUUGCUGACUUCUCAACACUCCAUGCAACAUGCGGGAGGCCUUUAGGAUUGGGUUUCAAUCAUCAGACAGGGGAACUGUAUGUAGCUGAUGCUUAUUUUGGGCUCGUUAAGGUUUGUUCCAAUGGAGGGCCUCCAACCCAACUUGCAGCUACACAAGAGUUACUGGAGGGCAAACAGAAUUCAGAGAUUCUGGGUCAAAGGGCCGACAACAAAUUCAUCAGAAUUGUUCUUGCUACUUGCGGGAAGACCAAAUAACAUCAAGAGUUAAGGAUGUUCUGGUGUAAAUUGUAUACAUGGAACAUAGACUACCAGUUUGUAAAUAGGAGUUUUAUGUACUCAAUAUGAUGUUGUUUGUAAUUACAAAUUUUUGAUAUGAUAUACAAAGG